GCACGGACCGCCCCGAGUGGUCCCGUUCACUAGGAAUUGGUUUAAACGGAAGUCCCGUAGCAGUCGCCGCACAAAAAAAUGCCGUUGGGCCGCCCGCAGGUUCGCAGUGUCGCAUCGAUGAGGGGUCCCGUUGAUAACGAUCUGUGAAAGAACCACCGAACCCCGUCGGCCAAGCAGAAAUCCCAUCGGCCUCAAUUAAAGUGAAAUUGUAUCUCGGUGUGAGCCACCAGCCGGCGUGUGUGAGGUUAAUAAAAAUCGGAACGUGGCCGGCCGUGACUGCGAAGCGGGCUCAUUUGAGCCGAAGAAAAAAGCGCAGCAGUUCCGGUUGCUGGUGACAUUCGUAGCGCUUCAGAACAUCGAGUGCGAGUGAUCCGCUGUGUUGAUGCUGGCGAAUCCCAGAAUCGAUCGAGAUUGAGUCGAUUUAGUUUGCAAAACAAAAAGACUGUGAAGUGAUCGUACACCAAGUGAUCACCAACAUUUUCGUGGUGCUUUGUGGAAUUUCAUCAUCGUUGCUUGCGAUUCCGGCGGGACCACGGAAUAUGGAUCACACCAUGACGCGCCUCACGGUGACGCUUGUGCUGCUGGUUAGCCUCGGAAUCGAGCGGCAGAUCGGCGUGACCGGAAGUUCGAUCGCCGGGUCGUUCCGCAGCGUGCCGACGACGGUGAAAACGUACGAAAACGAAACGGUGCUACUGCCGUGCUAUCAUAACUCACCGUACCGGUAUGUGCGCUGGUCCCGGGAUGAUCUGCUGCUCGUCGACUCCCGCUACCCGGACCUGCGGGCCCCGCCAAGGGUGCGUCUCUGGAGCAACGGAAGCCUGGAGGUGGCGAAUGUGCAAACCGAGGACACCGGCGACUAUACGUGCGAAAUUAUGACCGACGGUGGCCGCGUGUCGCAGAGUCACGCGAUCGAGGUGCAGUAUCAAGCGAUGGCCACCGUGUACCCGGAGGACACCGUCGACAUUCGCGUUGGUCAAAUCCUGGAGGUGGCCUGCCAGGCGACGGGUGUUCCGCAGCCAUACAUCAAGUGGAGCUUUCAGCACGAAAGUGCGACCGCAGCGUUCGAAGACGACCGCAAACUGAACGUCCUGAUUGAGGAUCGUCACUUUUCUGGUCCGGUCCAGUGUACGGCUACCAACGGAGUCGGUGAGCCGGCCAUCGCGUCGGUGGACGUGAUCGUGAACUUUGUGCCCGAAAUUGAAGUGAAGACUCCCGUCGUUCACACGCGCCUCGGAGAGACGGGCAUGCUGGAGUGCAUCGUGACGUCACACCCGGUCGCUUCGAUCCACUGGUUCCACCACGGGCUUCCGGUCGUGUUCGAUCGACGUAUCGUCAAGCUGGACACACCGACCACCAAGCACCAGUACUACACGAUCCAGCGCCAUCAGCUGGCCAUCCGCAAUCUGCGCGACUCCGAUCUGGGCCAGUACGAGUGCAAAGCCGGCAACAGGGUCGGCAUCGCGGGUUCACAGCUCGAACUGACUGGCCGGCCCAAGGUGGCUCACUUUAAGCCGGCCGCCGAAAUGUCUUCCCCGACGACGCACAACUUUAUCUGGCAAACGGAGAGCUUCUCGCCGAUCAUCGAGUACAAGCUAAAGUUUCGGCGUGUCCCGUCGGGAAAUGUUACUCCAGCGAAGCGCACUUUCCCGCAGCUCGGCUGGAACGAGUUGAUCAUCCCGUCGGAUGGUUCCUACGGGCCGCUGCACUCGAUCGGCUACACCCUUCAGGGCCUACAAGCGACAAGCGUGUACGAGGUGAUCGUGCUGUCCCGCAACCGUUACGGUUGGAGCGAUCCGAGUAACAUUCUACGGUUUGCGACCGGUGGUGAGCUGGAAAUUGAAUCAACAGUCGGCACUGGGGACGAUCCUUUCGGCGGUUCGGUGCUUUCAUCGUCGCCUGCCCUGCAAACGACGGAGACGAUCGAAUACAGUGAGUCAGACCCGGCUGAGGCGGACAAUAUGAUCCCGAGGGACUACUUCGACUACGGACUCGCUUCGGCCGCCGGCGGUCCAACGGUUCCUGCUAGACACAUAGCGGCGGCCCCCGUUGUUCUUCUGGCCGCACUGUUGGCCUAUUGCGCAAGGCUGGAAUAA